GGGAGCGCUCUGCGCAGGCGCGGGAGCAGGUCGCAGCAGCGCUGGGCCUCGGCUUAAGCUGUUGUUGUGCCGCCCCUCCCCCACCCCUACCCUGCGGCGGCCCAGCGCUGCAGGCCGCUGACUCCAGCCCCAGCACCCGGGACUGCGGACUUCGUGACCCUUUCCUCGGGCCUGUCCGCGCCGGAGCAGCUCGGGACUGCGCAGCACUCCGCGUGCCGACAUGGGAAAGUCUUUUUCUCAUUUGCCUCUGCAUUCGAAUAAAGAAGAUGCUUAUGAUGCAGUCACAUCAACUGAAAAUAUGAGAAAUGGAUUAGUCAAUAGUGAAGUCCAUAAUGAAGAUGGAAGAAAUGGAGAUGUUUCUCAGUUUCCAUAUGUGGAAUUUACAGGAAGAGAUAGUGUCACUUGCCCCACUUGUCAAGGAACAGGAAGAAUUCCUAGAGGACAAGAAAACCAACUGGUAGCAUUGAUUCCAUACAGUGAUCAAAGAUUAAGACCAAGAAGAACAAAACUGUAUGUGAUGGCUUCUGUGUUUGUCUGUCUGCUUCUUUCUGGAUUGGCUGUGUUUUUCCUUUUCCCUCGCUCUAUCGACGUGAAAUACAUUGGCGUAAAAUCAGCAUACGUCAGUUAUGAUGUUCAGAAGCGUACAAUAUAUUUAAAUAUCACAAAUACACUGAAUAUAACUAAUAAUAACUAUUAUUCUGUUGAAGUUGAAAACAUCAUUGCACAAGUUCAGUUUUCAAAAACAGUUAUUGGAAAGGCACGCUUGAACAACAUAACCAAAAUUGGUCCACUGGAUAUGAAACAAAUUGAUUAUACAGUACCUACUGUCAUAGCAGAGGAAAUGAGUUAUAUGUAUGAUUUCUGUACACUGAUAUCCAUCAAAGUACAUAACAUAGUUCUCAUGAUGCAAGUUACUGUAACAACAACUUACUUUGGACAUUCGGAACAGAUAUCCCAGGAGAGGUACCAGUAUGUUGAUUGUGGAAGGAACACAACUUACCAGCUGGGGCAGUCUGAAUAUCUAAAUGUACUUCAGCCACAACAGUAAAAGCAGAGAUGCAGCUGGGGAAGAAGAAAUAGCUGUUGAUAUUUUCAGAACUCUGUAGGGUGAGGUACUUAACUUCCUGAUAGAUCUUAAAUUGAACAACCUAAAGUUUACACUUCUACUUUAAGAGUGUAGCUAAAAGUAUGUGGACUUGUAGAUUAUCAUAACUCUCCACUCUGUGUUCAUCAUAUUUGUACCAGGAUCUUUACUUGAAUCUGAAUUUACUGAUUGGUUCUCUUCUCUCCUGGUCUCCCCCCAAAAGGGGCGAACUUAGACUUCUACAGGACAAUAGAUAAUUAUUUGAAAUUCAUAGCUCUAAUCACUACUGAAAACAUAAUUUUGGUGAUGAACAUAGUUUGAGAAACUUUAUUUCUGAAUGCUUUUUAUAGACUCUUAUGAGGGCCUCUUAUUCAUGGAAUACUUUUAAAGAAUAACCUUUUUUUUCCCUGUUUUAUAAAUUCCCAUUGCUACUUGGUAGUAUUUCAACUAUAUUUAAGCUUUUAGCUAAAUGUUCUUAUUUGUUCAUUUGAAGUCCUCAUUUGCAUGUUUUUGUCAGUCUUAUUUCAAGCUAGUGCUUGCUUGCAUAACAUUUAUAAACCAAAAUAAUCUUUGCAUAAUUCUGUACCUAACAUUUUUAAAAACCUCGAAAUAAUGUUUCACAUGUUUUUCCAUGUUAGUUAUAGUUCUGUGAAAUUUUUGUGUAAAAACCUAAUCAUUUAUAGUAUUGUAAAUAAAUUGUGCAUGGCUUUUAUAUAGCUUUAAUAAUUGUCAAAGUGGUACAGAUUUAAAAUAUAGUAAGUUGCUCAUUAAAAUUAAACAAAAAUGAAAUUCAGAAACCUCUAAAUGUGAAUAUUGUUGCAAUUACAUAUUAGAUCAGGCAUAAAGUAGGUUUGAAAUAAAAUAUUGAUGCUCCACUUUUUUUUAAUGUUGCUUUUCAUACUAAAGAAUUGUGAAGACACUUAACUUUUCACAGCUGUUAAGUACCCAAGUCAUCAAUUUUAUGAAUGUUUUAGAGGAGGAAAUUACUUCUUUGGUAGAAAUUACCCAGGGAAUCAUGUUAUUAAAUGAUGGUGGCUAUAUCAAAAUAAAACCUAUAUUAUGCUUUUAAAAAUUUAAUCACUUUGCACAUCGUGGAUAUCAUGCAUCUAGCAGUUAACAUUUUUAUAGGUUUCUGCUUUUGAUUUGGGUUUUAUUUAAAGUUAUUUUCAAGUGUAAAUUAUUGACUUACUUUGCUGUUUUAUAUUUUUAAUCCUGUUUCCAUUUGGGCUUUUUGCCUUUUCACUUACCAAGUUCUGAGUACCUUUUAAAUACAUAGCACUGAGCGUAGGGGCUGAAUAUGAUACCAAAAACAGUUAAGUGGCUUGAGAUUAGUUUUCUUCUGUUUUCUAGUGACAGAAAUCAGGCCACCUACCCCUUCUCCCCUCAAAGUGCCUAACUUAGGUCUGAAACAUACUUAUGAAUAAGUCUGACUCUCUGAACUAUAAAACAUAAGCUUUAUUUAAUUAAUUAGAGCUAAUGAAGCCCUCCUUUCUGCCUUUAAACACACUCAGGUCUGCCCUUAGCUUUCAUAUCCUUUUCUCUACAUUUUCCUGAGUGAAUAUUUAAACAGGUGAAAUGCACUAACUUCCUUUUUUUUCAAUAACUACUUAGACUUCCCUUAAUCCAUUGCUAAUUCACCCAUCCUUACUAUUGAACUAAAGUCACCCCUUUAAAUUUAUGAACUUUGUAGUCCAACACAAUCUGUAAUUUUUUUUUCUGCUAUGUUUUUUGACUACUCCCCUUUUCCUUGAAACUACACAGUUCUCUAAUGUGUAGAUUCAUUUUGCACUUUUCAUAUCAUCUUAAUUUUUUUCUCCUUCUCCUGUCUUUUGAUGUCUUUUAUUGAGUAGUAAUCUAGACCCUUUGCUGCCUCAAAAUUUCUACUGUUUUGGCUUCAACAAUCACCUAUAUUGGGACUUCCACAUCUGUUUCUACACACAUGACCAGUAACCCAUCUAGUUUCUCAGUUAGCUAAUGACUUGGAAAAUAAUAGCAUUUCACUGUCUCUGUGUAAAAUCAAACAAUGUUAAAAAUUUUUUAUCAUAUUUUGUUUUGUUCGCACCUUGUACUCAUGCCCCAUUUCCUCAAGAUCAUCCUUCAGAUAUGUCUCCUUCAAAAUCAGUCCUGAUUUAUUUUCCUGAUUUGUAUCUUUAAACCUUGGAAAACUAUGUAGUGUAAAUUAAAUGGACUUUUCUGUUGACUUGUGGCUCUAAUAUCCUUUUAUAGUACAUGCAAAGUAUCUACCGAAGAGUCAGGAAAAUAAGGAACCAUUUGCUUUUAAUGACUUAGUUUUGAAUAUUUUUUUCUUCAUCUUUGAUUUAAAAACUCUUUAUUAUACCUGCUUUCUGUAGAGUUCAAGUCAGAAUAAAACUGGAAUUUGAAAUAAGUUUUAAAAAAAUCCCAAUAAUAGAGAAAUAAAGAUCACUGUGACUACUUUUAGAGAUGGUUCUGUAACUGCCAGAACAAGCCUAGAACAAAGCAGACUAUAAAUUAAUAAAACUACACAAACACAUUAAGAUGAAGCAAACUUAUAGCCACUAAAAAAAUAAAAAAUCUUAAAAUAAUGGGUGAGGCUUUAACUUUUCUUAGGUCAUUGUCCAGUGUAAUUUCUUAUGUAGUGUAGGGUAGCUAUUGAUAACAUUUUUUGAAACUGCUCUUAGACCUUAUACAAAGGACAUAGUAAAGAGGUUACAGAUUUUUUUCUGAUACUUCUAAAAAUAACUUUCUCUUAAAUUGUACCUUUAAUAGACUGGUCAUUAUAACCACAUCUAAUAUAGUAACAAACCUAUGUGUUUUGAUAUGACAUGUAUAUAAAUAGCACUGUGCCCUUUUCAGAACUCUUUGAUAUUUUUAUCUUAAAUCAUUUCUCAUAUCCUGUGAGUCAGAAAAGGAUGGUGGUAGGGUGAAGAGGCAUGGAGAAGUUGAGGUACUUGCUCAAAAUCUCAUAUUUAGUAAAUAGUUAUUUGCUAGACCUAGUUAUUCUGUCUUCCCUAUCUGUGCUCUGUCAUUUAAAAAUAACCAUUGGAGGAGUUCCCGUCGUGGCCCAGUGGUUAACGAAUCUGACUAGGAACCAUGAGGUUGUGGGUUCGGUCCCUGGCCUUGCUCAGUGGGUUAAGGAUCUGGCAUUGCCGUGAGCGGUGGUGUAGGUUGCAGACUCGGCUCAGAUCCCGCAUUGCUGUGGCUGUGGCGUAGGCCGGUGGCUACAGCUCCGAUUCGACCCCUAGCCUGGGAACCUCUAUGUGCCACGGGAGCGACCCAAGAAAUGGCAAAAAGACAAAAAAUAAUAAUAAUAAUAACCAUUGGAAAGCCCUGUUGACUCAGGUUAGUAUGAAUAAAAAUUAGAGAAAACAUUCACAUAGGUAAUACUGGCAAUCAGAAUAAUAAUGAUGGCCUAAGAUUUCAGUAUAUUGAAAUUGGUACCUGAAAUACUUUAAAUGGCAAAUGAACAUUUGUAAAAUAUUUUGGAGCAUAAUCUCUAGCUUAAUUUGUCUGUUAAAGUUUAGUACUCCUUCCAAGAAAGAUAAAAAUAUGUUUCAGAGUAGACUAUAAAUAAUAGAGAUUAUUGGAUUUGAGAUUUGAAAUAAGAAUAGUAUGAAAAUAUUAGAUACUGUUAAAGCUGCUUGAAAUGUCUAAGUAACCAUCUUUACUGUAGCACAUAGUACGUAAAUGACUGAUUUUAUUGUGUGUAUUUUUUCUAUGCCUUUUUUCUUAAUUUAGGUAAUGAGUUAAUUAUUUUCUCUAAGAAUUUAUGAAUGAUAAGGAAAUAAAAUUAACCUCAGAUCUUCUGAAUUUUUUUGGGAAUGACACAGUUUGGUGUUAAAAUAAAUAGGAAGUGACUGCCAAAACACAAGAAAAAUAACUUAGGAGACUUCAGACUUUAGCCUAAAUCAAUCCUUUGAGUUACUUAGCCUCAUCAUUAUUACAGUAUAAUUCUGGGUGUUUAAUUGGAGAGCAUAUUCCCAACUUCCUCUCAUAGCAUUUUACUUGUUUUUUAAAAAGUUUUAAAAUAAACAGUUUUUUAUAUAAUGACCCCAUCUUAUUUAAGAACAUAGUUUAUUACAUGCUUAACUCCAAAAAUAAGUCACUACUCAGUAUAGCUAAUAUUUACUGGUUACUUACUGUGUCAUAUACUGUACUAAGCUUUUGUGUGCAUUAUCUUAUCCCUGAGAAAAGCCCUUUAAGGUAGUUAUUAUCAUUGCCCCUCAUUUCACCUCUGAGGAAAUUAAGUUUUAAAGAAGUUAAGAAUUAUGCUUGAACGUGAUUAGGGAUUCAAAACAAGUCUGACUCAAGCAUCAUUGGUCUUACAAUUAGCAUAUUUUCUUUCUAACUUUUGAAAAUAUUUUAAAUGUAAAAAUGUGUUGGAUAUCGUACUUAAUAUAUAAGAUUCUGAGGUUUUUUUUGAUGGUAUUUUCAAAAAUAGUCUUAGAGUACUUAUUUUUUAGAUCAUUAGUACAAAAAAUGUGUAUCAUUGAUUUUUUAAAUAUUAAUACUUACCCUUUAAAGGUUUUUUUCUGUUGCAUCCAGGGCAUGUGGAAGUUCCAGGCCAGGGACUGAACCCACGCCACCACUGUAACCUUAAUCCUUAACCCACUGGGCCACCAGGCUCCAAUUUUUUUCUUUUUAAAAGAUAUAAAAAUUUAAAUUACAAAUACAUAUCAUUCUUCUUUGAUAAGCAGUAUGAAUUGAACUUCAAGUUAUUAGGUUGUAUGCCAAGGUUACUCAUCGUAAUGUCAUGAUUUUUAGUUCAUAACAUCUGAAAACAGUAACGGCUUGGCUCAAAUACGUCUAAAAGUAAUUAAUUUUCUCUCUCUUUUUUGUAAAAUCAGAUUUUAAAUGAGAUGUUAAACUAUUUUAAGGAAAAAAUAUGUUUGAGAAGAUGGGGUAAAAAGAUUGUUAAACACUAUUUCUUUAAAAAAUUUAUUUUUACAUGAAAACAAAAUAUAUUUGCCAUAUGCUUCAGUCAGAAAUUUCUCUUCUCUAUCCCAUAUCUGUAUUUCAAGGUAAAAAUGUUCGCUUGUCAGCUGAAAUUUCUGGUUAGAACUAAUAUUUGUGUAUUUUUGUGCUUAGAAUGUAAAUUUCACAGGGGAUUUUUGAAAUUUAUUCUUAAUUUGGAUAAAAGCAAGCGAUAUAUAUAUAGUUACUCUAGGGAUAAAAAUGUUAAUUUCCAUUUUUUGAAAAACUACCAAUGUGGUUAUGUUUUUAGUUCUUUUUACAGACAUUCAGCACAGUCGUUAAAUUAAAAAAUACAGUAUGGUCUGUAUUGACCCAAAAAGUAUUCCAUAAAUUAAUUUAACAAAUAUAUGGCAAGUUUUUCAUAGCUAAAUCUAAUUCUUCUAGAAGGAAGUUUGUUGCCUUCUGUUUAAUUACAUUAAUUGAAAUGUGUUUAAGAGAAAUGUUUUCAGCAUAUUUUGUAUACUAAAAACCAAAAAGGAUUAGUACUGGGCCAAUGGCCAAGAUGUAAUAUUACUACCUUGUAGACUGUUACAGUUUAAAUUGUCCCACUUCCCCCAGAAUUUUAGAAACUAGAAGUCUGGGAGAUAACCGUAUCAGCUAUAGUCAGGUGAUUCUAAAUGCUCUAAGCACUAUUCAUCUUUGAGUUAGUGUGUGAGACAAAAAAAUGCCAAGUUUCAAAAGUGCAUAAUUUCAUUUUGUUUUAGGCAUAAAAUAUCAGCAAGAUAUGUCUUGUGUGUUUUGUCUUAUAUUUCCUCAUAGAAAUAAAUUAAGAGUUUGAAAAAUGAUUUGAAAUGCUUUCUGGUUUGAGAUGCUUUUUGACUUGACCUGCUUGGUCGAAUAUUUGAAUGAUGGCACUGCUGGGUAAAUUCUAACCCAUGGUUAUGAUUGUGGAAUAUAGCGUGACACUAUGUUUGGGCACUUACUCUUGGUUUAUAUUAUGUAUUAGCCUCCAUGAUAACAUACUUAUUAAAUUUCCAAGUUGAGCAGUUCUGUAAUUGUAACCAUUGUUGCUAUUCCUCUAACAAAACAUGCUUAUGAUGGUAAAAUGAAUAGAAGUGCCCCCAAAUGCUAUUUUUUUAAUCACUUGUAACUGUUACUCUUGUAAUUGUGUAUGACAAAAUAAAAUUUGUAAAAAUUUUAGCAUGAAAAAUAAAAUUUGUAUCAGUCAGGUA